GUUCCGGAGCCCGGUGCAUGCCGGGAUAGGCCUCCCGCCCCGCUGGUUGCCCGGGGAUGAUGGGGGCUCUCGGGCUCGGGCUCCUGCUCCUGCUGGUGCCGGCGAGCGGUUCGGCGGCGCCCGCCUGGGACCCAGCCGGUUACCUGCUCUAUUGCCCCUGCAUGGGGAGGUUUGGGAACCAGGCGGAUCAUUUCUUGGGCUCCUUGGUGUUUGCCAAGACUCUGAAUCGUACCCUGGCUGUGCCUCCCUGGAUCGAGUACCGACACCACAGGCCUCCCUAUACUAAUCUGCAUGUUUCCUACAAGGAAUACUUUAAGCUGGAACCUCUCUUAGAAUAUCACCGGGUUAUCAGCUUGGAGGACUUCAUGAAGAGAUUAGCACCCAUUCACUGGCCCCCUGGCAAGCGUGUGGCUUACUGCUUUGAAGCAGCAGCUCAGAGAAGCAGUGACAAAAGGACUUGUCCCAUGAAGGAUGGAAAUCCCUUUGGUCCAUUUUGGGAUCAAUUCAACGUGGACUUCAAUAGGUCUGAGCUCUUUGGAGGCAUUUCCUUCAGUGUCUCUUACAAGGACCACUGGAUCCAAAGGUUUCCACCAUCAGAGCACCCUGUUCUUGCCCUACCUGGCGCUCCAGCCCAGUUUCCAGUCUUAGAGGAGCAUCGGCCUCUGCACAAGUAUGUUGUGUGGUCUGAUGAGAUGGUGCAGAAGGGAGAGGCCUAUAUUCAUUCUCUCCUGGUUAAACCCUAUGUAGGAAUUCAUCUGCGGAUCGGCUCUGACUGGAAGAAUGCAUGUAAUAUGCUGAAGGAUGGGACAGCUGGAUCACACUUCAUGGCUUCACCACAGUGCGUAGGCUAUGACCGAAACAAUGCGGUGCCUCUCACAAUGGACAUGUGCCUGCCAGACCUGAAGGAGAUCAAGCGUGCGCUCAAGCUCUGGGUGAAGAAGGUGGAAGCUAAGUCUGUCUACAUUGCCACUGAUUCUGAGCCCUACACUACAGAAAUACAGCAGCUUUUCGAAGGAAAAAUCAAAGUGGUGAAUUUGCAGCCCGAAGUGGCCCAGAUAGACUUGUAUAUCCUUGGCCAGUCUGACCAUUUUAUUGGGAACUGUGUCUCUUCAUUUACUGCCUUUGUGAAACGAGAACGUGAUGUGCAUGGGAGACCCUCCUCAUUUUUUGGCAUGGACCGCCCCCCAAGGCUGCGGGAUGAAUUCUGAUCAGGAGAGGAAGAGGCAGAUUUUAAUUGUUCUUAUAGCUCUGAACACUAAUGCACUGUUAGCAGACACACCGUGAUAAAAAUGUCAUCUUAGGAUAUUCAAUUCCACUAUGACAGGCCUGUCCCCAUACCUUCAUCCUGGCCUCACAUUAAUCUUUGGAUUCAGUUCUGAUCACCUUCUCAGUUAUUCCAUGAUGUCAGCAUAAGAUCAGAAAUGGAAAAUGCAUUUUAAACUAUGGGGUGACCUCUUGUAGGAAACCUUCCAUUCUCAUUAUUUGGGACUUAGCAGCCCCCAGAAUCAGAUAGCGGCUCAGAUUCUUACUGUUUCUCCUGCAAGUGUUGGGAAGCAUCUUGUGAUGCACCUUGGAUGACAGGUGCUCAAGAAGUGCAAACUAAUAUUACAAGGGAGCGUGGUUCAUGAAAAUGAACAUUGCCUAAAGCUUAGAACUGAGCAUCAGAAGAUCUGAGUUUUAUUUUGAGGAAUGCUGUUGUCCGAUAUGGGCAAGUCACCUUUGUGCCUCAGUUUCCCAUCUAUAAAAUGAGUUUAAUACUUCUACCUCACAGGAGUGUUGAGACUACAUUUAAUAAUGUCUGUAAAUUACUGAGAUCUCCAAAGGGUGUUGCAGAAGUAUGGCGUUGUUAUAUCAUAAUGAUGCAGUUGUUUGUUUAGUACCUGCGCUGACCAUGGCACACAGAACACCGAUGGGGGCAGUCUUCUUUAGCUUGUCGUGGGCUGGUGUUUUAUGAUUUCAUAGCUGUUGUCUCUUGCUUUGAGAGGGAGAUUAUGACAUCCGGUCACAGGGAUCUGUGGAGAUCAGUAAAUAUUAGAAGCUAAUAUUUUUAAAUGGAACUGAAAUUUUAACAUAACCUCAAUAAAGCAUUAGGAGGCAGUAUGGUGGGUUUUAUCCAAUGUAGGUUUGUGCUAAGGGUUUUUCUGCAUUUUUUCACAAAGAGCCCUCUCCACUGACAGCAAAAUCUAGUCCACAGUGAUGGUUCCCAUUAAAUUGAUUAGGGACAUUGUCCCUUUGCAGUGAGAUGCUAACAGAAACCUGGAUUAAGGCUUUUGACCAGUACAGUUUAAUUUUGCAUGAGUGACUGUGAUGAUCCACAUCAUUCUCCCUGCAUGGAACAGUCUUGUUACUCUUGUGGCUAUUGGUAAAUUACUGAGUUUUGGCACUCACUCCCUUUUCCAUACGGAUUAGUUGUACAGCUAGGGCAUCUUCUGAUGUGCUGUUUGCAUCUGGGGAACUCGCUCAUAUCUGAGCAUUUUUCUUUGGUUUAACUCUGUCUCCCCUUAUUUGUGUUCCUGUGCCUUAUAACGAAUGUCGGAGGAGUUGAGGCCCAUGUUAAAUUGGAAGCUAACUAAGGUGUUGUGUCCCCAUAUACUAGCCUCCUGCUUUUCAGUGCUAAUUUCAAAAAUGUGUCAGAUUUGGUCAUUUCAGUGGUGCUAACUGUGAGCAGGUUUUAGGCUAGCUGGAAAUUUUUGUAACUGUGGAAGCUUGUAAACCUAAGCAGUUUAGAUCCAUCAGUAUUUUCCUCCAAUUUAUGGUGGUAUUGAAAGAUGCAAUCAAAGGCUGCAUUGAUUAGGAAUGGCUAAUGAUUGAGACUGAUUACUGAGAUUUGCAAAAUAUCGUGGUUUAGAGGAUGUAUUUUGACUUAAGGAGCAUUGGCAAGAAAAUAUUUUUUGUAUUUUUUUCAUAAUAAAACACAAUUAAAUUUA